CUAAAAAGAAAACGUGGUCGGCCUAAAAAGAUUAUAGGAAAUACGUCCACAUCAACUGAACUUGAAAACAUAACUGUCACUCCAACUCCGUACACGAAUAUAUCGAGUGUCUUAUUGGAUCACACUGCUGACGGUCAAUUACCACUUACGGAACUUAAAAGAAAGCGUGGUCGACCUAAAAAGGUUAUAGGAAGUAUGUCCACACAAACCUGUGUUGAUUUGCUUGAUCAAGUGCCACCUACAAAUCAAAAGAAAAAACCUGGUCGACCUAAAAAAGUGUUGGCGAGCACUUCUACACGAUCUGGUUGGUUAUAA